AUGCUGGAAUUGCAUGGGACCGCAGGGAGAACAGGCGCCUUCAAAGCGUCCCGCGUCGCGCCUGGCCCCUGGCGAGCCCUUACUCUCCCGGCUAGGAGCAGAUUCAAGGUCAGCGCAGGCCAGCGGCGGUUUCUGCAGCAACCAACAAUACUGGGUUGCCAGGGCGACUGCCGCAGGGGAGAGCGCAUCUCUAUUGGCUACAGCGGGCGCCUGUUCACUGCAUACCACAUGCGACUGGUCAAGGCAGCUCGAGCGUCCACCCACAUCCCCAGGCCCCCCAAUCUAGGUGCGGUGGCGCACAGUCUGGGCCUCAGUGCCCGCAACCACAAAAUGAGUGUAAACAUAAGGAGUCCCUGCGAGAAGUCUGGGGAGAAUGAAGAGGAGGAGAAAGAGGCGGUGGCCACCGCUGGGCAUCUUGCAGGGGUCCCAGAGACCGAGGAGAGUUCGGACUCUGACCUGGAGACAGAAGGCACCCGUGGGCUUGGAGAACUAGUCAAGGACACCCUCUACCUGAAAUCUUGCCAGGCCCACAGCGUCGUGCCUGCCUCCUGCUUUCUGCGCCAAGGGAGCACACCAGAGCUGAACCUGCGUCACCGUGGCCUGGGGCCCCAGGGGGCCCAGGCUCUGGCUUCCUCACUAACCUCCAAUCCCUAUGUCAAGAGGCUGGACCUUCGAGACAACGAGCUCUGUGGGGCCGGUGCAGAGGCCCUGGCAGGUGCCCUGAGUAAAAACAGCAGCAUCUGCGAUGUAGACCUGUCAGAGAACCAGCUGGGAGCAGUGGGAGCCCAGGCCAUCUGUGCCACCCUCGCAGUGAACCCGGCCAUACAGAAGGUACAGCUGGCAGGGAACGGCCUGGAGGAGCAGGCGGCCCAGUACCUUGCUGAACUCCUGCUGGCCCACACGGGCCUGAAGUCCCUGGACCUGAGCUAUAACCACCUAAAUGACCAAGCAGGGGAGAUACUUGGACCGGCCCUGGCAGAAAACACAGGACUCACUGAGCUUAACAUAAGCUGGAAUCACCUUCGAGGCCCAGGAGCCAUUGCCUUUGCCAGGGGACUGGAGGCAAACAUCUUCCUGAGAGUCCUGGACAUCUCAUACAAUGGUUUUGGAGACUCUGGAGCCUCUGCAGUGGGCGAGGCACUUAGGACUAACAAUGUGUUAGAGGAACUUAACAUGAGCAACAACCGCAUCUCUAUGGUGGGAGCCCUAAACCUGGGCCUGGGCCUCCGGGUCAACCAGACACUGAGGAUUCUUGUCGUGUCCAGGAAUCCCAUGAGAAGUGAAGGCUGCUUGGGUGUUCUCAAGUCUGUCCAGAAUAAUCCGGUGUCUGCCCUGGAGCUGCUAGAUUUCUCUGACAUUCAAGUGAACAGAGAGUUUGAUGACCUUGCUAGCUCAGUGAAGGUAAUUCUUCCAGGGCUUUGCAUAAAGACUGCUGCCCGCAGAGUGGAGUACAAAAAAGAGUUGCUGCCAGUCUUCAGACCGUCCCUACCAGUGUCUGCCCCUAAAUGACUGUUGAGUGUGGCCUCGUGAUGCCUUCUUACCAUUUGACUCUGCACUGAGUCCCCAUGUCAACCAGGUGGUGAGUCCUAUGGAACCGAUCUUCAUGAUGACUCAGACACCUGUACUCUCCUCUCUACCCACAGCCACUGCGCUAACCUGUGCCUUCCUUUGCUCUCACUCAUUCGCGUAACAUGAAUUCGUACUCUAUGCUGCACAUUGAACUGGUAUGGGGUCAAAGAUGCCCAAACAAAUCCUUGCCCUGGUGACUUAUCUUGGGAGACAAUUAAAAUAUAAGAUGGUGCACAACUGGCAUUCUCAAACUCAACUUACCAUAAUGCAAACUGACACAACUUUUUUGGAAGGCAUUCAUUAUGCACCAACAGCCUUAAAACUGUCUGUGUACUUUAAGCCAAUGGUCUGACUAAUCUGCUGUACAGAAAUGCUGUUUAUAAUAAUGGCAAUAGGAAAUAAUCUAAAGGCCCAAUAAGAGGGGAUUAGUUAACUAAGAUUUGGAACUCUGCAAACAUUAAACGCCAGGUGCUCAAAGUACAUUUAACAAUUUAUGAAAAUGCACAUGAUUAAUGUUAAGUAAGUAAAUUAGGAUAAAAAAAUCACAUGGUUUGUCUGGCAGUUCCUCAAAAAGUUAAACAUAGAGUUACCAUAUAACCUGGCAAAUACAUUUCUAGAAAAGUGAAAACAUAUGUCCACACAAAAACUUGUUGAUCCACAUAAUAAAGUGCAAAUGCUCACCAACUGAUGAAUGGAUAAAUAAAAUGUGGUGUAUCCAUAAAAUGGUACAUUAUUUGGCAAUAAAAAGGAGUGAAAUUUGGGGUGAUAAAAAUUUUCUAAAAUUGAUUGUGGUAAUAGUUGCACAACUACAUGAAUAUACUAAAAGUAAUUGAAUUGUAUAUGUUAAAUAGGUGAAUUGUAUUGUAUGUGAAUUGUGUAUCAAUAAUGACAUUUAAAAAAAGAGGAGCAAAGUAUUGGUACAUGCUACAAUAUGGAUGGUCCUUGAAAACAAUAUGUGUGCUAAGUAAAAGUCAGUCGCAAAAGUCCACAUAUUGUAUGAUUCAGUUUAUAUGAUUAUAUAGAGGAGGGAAAUCUGGAGGUAGAAAGCAAAGGUUGACUAGGUUCUUUUUAUCAUUUGGGGGACGAUCGAAUGUUCUAAAAUUGGUUGUGGUGAUGACUGCACAACUCUGUGAAUAUACUAAAAACCAUUGAAUUGUGUACCACUUGAAAUGGGUAAAUUG